AUGGCUAUUGAGAAUGGGAGGGCAUGCCUACAGGUUGAAGUGAUCAGGGUGGUUGCACAAUCCAGCUGUGGAAGAGAAAAGCGGUCUAAACCAGCAGACAUGCAGGAGCAAGGCCAGACACCUGACUUCACAUGCUUUAUUCAAAAGACAGAGACGUCUGCAAGGAAGAUAGAAAAGAAAUUUCAAGUAGAAGAAACUGUCAUGGAUGCCAUCUUGCUUUCAUCUGCCUCCUCCUUAAGACCAAAGAUCAGGCCUUUCAUUAAGUUGCUGAGUUCUAAUGGAGAGAAAUUUGAGGUUGAUGUAGGAUUUUCCAGCCAGUCUGCUACUAUCAAGACCCUGCUGCCAUGCUUGGGAAUGGACAGUGAAGACAAUGAUGACCCAGUUCCUCUACCAAAGGGUCAAUCAGGGAGAACUCAGCCCAAGGAUAGCCCUCCUCCCUCUGAGAAUGAUGAGAACAAAGAAAAGUAGACAGAAGAUACCCCUAUUUGGGACCAGAAAUUCCUAAGAGUUAAAGAAAGAACUUUUGAACUUAUUCUGACUGCAAAUGACUUAGACAUCAAAGGUUUGCUUGAUGUUACCUGCAAGUCUAUUACCAGUAUGAUCAAGGGGAAAACUCCUGAGGAAAUUCUCAAGAGCUUCAAUAUAAAAUAUUUUACCAAAGAGGAGGAAGCCCAGAGACACAAAAAGAGCCAGUGUGUGAGGAGAAAUGAAAUGCCAUCCCAAACACUUACCAUUGCAUGGACUGUGGAAAAUUCUAGUUACACUUGUUCUGUGUAUCAUUGUCAAUAUGGAACAAACACAGACAAAGGCAACAGCAAUCUUAGAAAAUUUGGCUCCCCUUUAAAAAGAGACCCAUUGGAACAGAACUCCAGCCCCAUCUCCUGCCCCUGCCUCGCCCCCUCUAGUCCUGUGACCCAGAGCUGGGUGGCCCUGUAUGGAGGCCUGUCUGACUGGGCUCUGAGGUACAGGGGUCCAGGAGUCAUCCCUACUCUGCCUCUUGCAGCUUGUGGCAUGGUGGAAAUCACUUCAAUCUUCAGCAGCUCCUUUCUGAGGAACGAAUUAUGCGAUUAUGGGCUGAAAUGGUUGCAACUUAAUGUGGUACCUGGUAUUUCUCUAACUCAUUGUGAUGUAUUCUCCUGGGAUUCCGAGCCUCCUCCCAUUCAGCAAAGCAAGUGUGAAGUGACAUUGCGUAGUAACUUGAGUCCACAGAUGAAACUAAGCAAGGAUAACCUCUUUGGCUCUUUGCCAGAAAUGCUUUGUAGGUUGCUCCAGCUCAGGGGGCCGGAGCAGAGUUCUGUCUCCAUUUGGCCACGUACCACACAGCUGAACCACUCUGUAGACAUUUCCCUGACUGAUGACUGCUCAGGUGAGGGGAAAACCCUCCGAAGGGAAGAUGAGGAGGCCUCAAAGAGCAGCUCUCCACACUCCAGUGUAAAUGAAGUGCGCGAGGCAGACACGUAUCUCUAG